AUGUUAGCGAAAGGAGAAGUAGAACAAAUCAUCGUUAGACCUGACAUAGAAAUUGUAACAAUAGUCCUUCACGAUGGUGCAAUUAUUAAAAAAAAGCGAGUCGAAAACAGAACUUACCAUAUGAAUGUAGUUAACGUGUACAAAUUCGAGGAUAAAAUCCGAGAGGCAGAAAGAAGAUUAGGCAUAAACGACGGUGUUCCGAUCAUUUACGAAAGAAGUACAGACACAGCUGGAAAACUGCUCAUUUCGCUUCUAGUUGUCGGCCUUCUCAUUUCCUUAUUAGCCCGAAGCAAAAGUAUCCGUCCCCCCAUAAGUAUGGAUACUUUCACCCAGCUCGGACGCGCUAAAUUCACCCUAAUCGACCCUCUCAAAGGACCGGGAAAAGGGGUUCGGUUUUCCGAUGUGGCGGGUUUGAGAGAAGCCAAACUGGAAGUCAUGGAAUUCGUGGAUUAUUUAAAACGCCCCGAUCAUUACAAGAGUUUAGGCGCUAAAGUACCGCGAGGAGCGCUUCUGCUAGGCCCCCCCGGUUGCGGGAAGACUUUAUUAGCUAAAGCCGUCGCUACCGAAGCUAACGUUCCGUUUUUAUCGAUGAACGGUUUAGGAGCGGCUCGCGUGAGAGAUUUGUUCAAAGAGGCGCGCAAACGAGCCCCUUGCAUAAUCUACAUCGACGAAAUCGACGCUGUGGGUCGCAAAAGAAGCGGUCAAUUAGGCACGGAGCAAAUCAGCGGCGAAAGCGAACAAACGUUGAAUCAACUUCUAGUAGAAAUGGACGGAAUGGCGAGCAAAGAAGGCGUAAUCAUGCUAGCGUCUACAAACAGAGCCGACAUAUUGGACAAAGCCCUGCUACGACCCGGUAGAUUCGACCGGCACAUUUUGAUCGAUUACCCAGACAUGAUCGAGAGACGGCAGAUAUUCGAGCAACAUUUGAAAGGCAUCCAACUGGAGAAGGCUCCCGAUACUUACGCCAAACGUUUGGCCUAUCUAACGCCCGGAUUCAGCGGCGCCGAUAUAGCUAACGUUUGCAACGAAGCGGCCUUGCACGCGGCUCGAUUGAAGAAAACCAAAGUCGAUCGAACCGAUUUGGAGUACGCCGUCGAACGGCUGGUCGGGGGCACCGAGAAGCGCACGCACGCCAUGUCGCCGCAAGAGAAACGGAUCGUGGCCUAUCACGAAUCGGGCCACGCGCUCGUCGGCUGGUUGCUGGAACACACCGACGCUCUGUUGAAAAUCACGAUCGUCCCGCGAACGAGCCUGGCGCUCGGCUUCGCCCAGUACGUGCCGAGAGAUCAGAAAUUGUACACCAAAGAAGAGCUGUUCGAUAGGAUGUGCAUGACGCUCGGCGGAAGAGUCGCCGAGGCUCUGACGUUCAAUAGAGUUACCACGGGGGCUCAGAACGAUUUGGAAAAGGUCACCAAGAUGGCUUACGCGCAAGUGAAGGAAUUCGGUAUGAACGAUUCCGUUGGAUUGAUAAGUUUCCCCGAGGAGGAGAGCAAGGAGCUGGGCAAGAGGCCUUACAGCAAGACUUUGGCGAAUUUGAUAGACGCGGAGGUGCGAACUCUGGUGGGUCAAGCGUAUAGACAUACGGAACAGGUGUUGGUCAAAAAUAAGGAUAAAUUGGGGAAAUUGGCGGAAACGUUGCUGGUCAAGGAGACUUUGAACUACGACGAUGUGGAAAAUCUGCUGGGGCCGCCGCCGUUCGGCAGGAAGAAACUCAUCGAGCCAGCCGAAUUCGAAGAGAAUUUGAGAAAAGAUGCGGGGGAUUAUAGAAGCGGGACGAAAACCGAAUCUACGCCGACAACAAAGGUAUAA